AUGGCAACCUAUCGCCCAGUGAUUAUUCUCGCCCUGAUCUGGCUCAAGAUCUUUGGCAUUGCGACCUGCUUGACGACGGUCAAGGGUGUACCGUUUCCCGGUCUGAUAGAUGUGACUCUCGACGAACUGGCCGAGGGCCUCGAAAACGGGCUCUUCACCAGUGUCGACCUUGUCAAUGCCUAUCUUGGCCGCAUCAAUCAAGUGAAUAGUACACUCAAUGUCGUGACCGAGGUGAACCCGGAUGCUCUAUCAAUUGCCGCCGACCUGGAUGCUUCGCGCGCCAACGGCACAAUCAAGGGUCCGCUCCACGGCAUGCCCAUCCUCAUCAAGAACAACAUCGCGACCGCCGACCAGAUGAAUAACACUGCGGGCUCAUGGGUCUUGCUAGGUGCCAAGGUUUCUCAAGAUAGCUUCAUGGCAAAGAAGCUUCGAGAGGCUGGUGCGAUUAUCCUCGGCAAGACCAACCUCAGCCAGUGGGCCAACUUUAGGAGCAACAAUACGAGCAACGGGUGGUCCGCGUACGGAGGUCAGGUCUAUGCUGCCUACUAUCCCCAGCAAGAUCCGAGUGGAAGUUCAAGUGGUAGUGGUGUGGCCUCAGAUCUUGGCCUCGCACUUGCGGCUCUGGGCACCGAGACCGAUGGUUCCAUUGUCUCGCCCUCUCAACGUAAUAAUCUUGUCGGCAUCAAGCCAACCGUUGGCCUGACAUCCCGGCACCUGGUGAUACCGAUUAGUGAACAUCAAGAUACCAUCGGACCUAUGGCCCGCACCGUCAAGGAUGCCGCCUACAUCCUCCACGCUAUCGCCGGCGCAGACCCCAACGAUAACUACACGUCAGCGAUACCCAACAAUGGCGAGAUACCAGACUACCCAGCCGCUUGCGAUAUGUACGGUCUGCGAGGAACUCGCAUCGGGAUCCCUCGUAAUGCCAUCGAACUCUUCUCCGACAACACCACCGGGACUGAAACCGAUGCCUUUGAGGAGACCCUUGAGGUCUUCAAGGCGGCUGGUGCCGUCAUUGUCGACAAUGCCAACUUUACCGCCGCGGAGCAGCUAGCUACGUCAAACUCCGAAACCAUCGUCCUGAACGCAGACUUCAUCUCGAACUUGGCUUCCUAUCUCACUGACCUCACAGUCAACCCGAACAAUGUGAAGUCUCUGGCCGACGUCCGCAAAUUCACGCAAUCAUUCGCGCUCGAGGAUUACCCUGAUCGUAAUACGGGUGUCUGGGAUGAGGCUCUUGACGAGCAAGGGUUCAACAACACCGACCCGCGAUUCUGGGCCGCCUGGCAAGAGAGUGCGUUCCUUGGUGGCGAGGGCGGGCUAUUUGGAACACUGGAAAGGCACAAUCUCGACGCCGUCAUCUUGCCGACAAGCUUCUCUAGCACCUGGGCCGCUAUCGUUGGAGCACCCGUGAUUACCGUUCCCCUGGGUUUCUAUCCCGCGAAUGCCACGGUGAUCAAGAAUAGGAGGGGUAACCUCGUCGAUACUGGUCCCCAUGUCCCAUUUGGUAUCAGCUUCCUCGGCGCAAAGUUCUCCGAAGCAAAGCUCAUCAGCCUGGCCUAUGCUUAUGAGCAGAGGACCAAGACGAGGGACAAGAUCCAACCAUACAUCACGCCUAAUGUCGAGAUUGGUGACUUUGCUGGGUUUGAUUCUGCUGGUGCCCCGGACCUGUACGUCGUCGAGGGAGAUUCAUCGAGAUACACCCGGCUGGUUACACCCCUCAACACCAGCCGGGUUGUCCGACAUGGCGAUACUACGUACGUCUAUGCCGUCCAGAACCCGAAACUCUAUUUUUUGUCGACAUCGGGAAUAGCAAUCCACUCUCAUUUCAUCUCACUUAAUCUUCCUGAGUGCCAUUGGAUGAUCACAGCUCGCAUGACGGAUGAGUUCGCCAUUCAUUACUUUGUUCAGUCGCAACAAUGCCUUGACUCAGUCUGCGUUGUGUCAACAGAUCAAUCGACCUAUCAGUUCAUCCCAACAUCUAAGCCGCACCUUAUUUUCACAUUUGACAUCAUCGGUUUCACUAAGACAUGCGACCUCCGCAUAACCGAUUUCGUGGAGAAAUACGCCAGCGCCAGCUUCCCCGCAACACCGGAGCACCUCAAUGCACCACGGCGGUCGCCGCGGUUCUCAAGAACGAGUUUGGGUGGCGCUCAAGUAAACCCCAAGAAAGCCAAGGGAUCGAAGUGGGAACACGGAGAAAGGGCCGACUCGACAGACCCCAACGCGCUGUCAGGCGAUGAACACAUGCAACACGCCGCCAUCCCGCCACAGUGCAACAUCGUCGAUCAUUCGCGAAGCUGGAGGAUCCGGAGAAGCCUCCCAUUAUCAGGCCGCAUUAAGCUUCCUGUCUCAUCCCAUCUUGCCUACCGUCUUCUCCAUCAUCGUCCCAUCUCCUACUGGAUCACCACACGGUCAAGACGUCGCCUCCCGGCUCCGCUAAUUCCUCUCCACAACUCGCCAAAUUUUUUCUUGGACGGGGCUCCAGUCCCUGAAAAGCUCGUCCUGUUCAAACCUCCCCCCUACUUCGUCACCAUUCCCCGAACCAUGCGUCCUACUACUGCAGCAGCGCCGGGCGAGGACAUGUCUGGCACCGACAUGAAGUCCGAGAAGCACGGAGGAGGAGGAGGGUCCGGGAACGAGAUUGGGCCCGGCGGCGAGGCGGGUGUGGACCCUCCUAUUCGCUCUCUUCCGCCCAAGGGCGACGAGACGGGCAAGUCGUCACGCGACAGAGAAGAAGUCGUCGACACGAGCGACUUGGAGGUCGGCACCAACCAGACCGACUCGAUGAGAGAUGCCAAGGGCAAGGGAGCGAAACGUAAGUUGAGAACCUCUCUCAUGCUCUCAGAUGUCCCCUUCAUGGUGGCUAGUCUGGUGGCAUCGGUUGACCGAAAAAUCCUGGACAGAUGGUGGAUCGUCGGCCUCGUCUUCCAGCGCGAUAAGAUGGGCUGGUUGAAGUCUUUCCUGGUCUAUCUCGCCAUCACCAUACGCAUCGUCACCUUGUGGCUCCCUGCCGCUGCCGUCAUGGUACCGCUGCGCUUCGUCUGGAAGCACACCGUUGGCAGAGCGUACGACAUGAUCCCCAGCAAGCUGCACCAGCCUCUUGCUGCGCUUCUCACCAUUGGCGUCUUCCUUGUCGGUUCCAUGGUCCCUGAGGAAGUAGGAGAGAACACUCGUGCCAGUCGCGCCAUCAGUCUCUUUGGCCUGCUUCUCAUGAUCGGUCUUCUCACCCUCACCUCCCGCGACUGGAGGAAGAUCCCCUGGCACACUGUCAUCGGCGGGAUGCUCACGCAGUUCAUCAUAGCCGUAUUCGUGCUCAAAACGGGCGUCGGCUACGACAUCUUUGCCUUCAUCUCCGAGAUGGCCCGGACGCUUCUGGGUUUCGCAAAGCAGGGUCUCGAGUUCUUGACGUCGACUGAAGUAUCUGCUCUGACCUGGUUUCUCAUUUCUGUGAUCCCGGCCAUCAUUUUCUUCAUCUCGCUCGUUCAGCUGCUCUAUCACUGCGGGUUCCUGCAAUGGUUCAUCAAGAAGUUUGCCGUCUUCUUCUUCUGGUCGCUUCGUGUCUCAGGCGCCGAGGCCGUGGUGGCGACGGCAACCCCUUUCGUCGGGCAAGGUGAAUCGGCAAUGCUCAUCAAGCCGUUCGUGCCGUACCUUACGCUGGCCGAGAUCCAUCAGGUCAUGACCUGUGGCUUUGCUACUAUCGCGGGAUCCGUGCUGGUUGGUUACAUUGGCCUCGGCCUCGACGCACAAGUUCUUGUCUCGUCAUGCGUCAUGUCUAUUCCAGCAAGUAUUGCGGUAUCAAAGCUUCGCUACCCAGAGACAGAGGAAAGCAUCACUCGCGGUAGCAUCACAGUUCCGGAUGACGAGGAAAAGGCUGCCAACGCCAUCCACGCCUUUGCUAACGGAGCUUGGUUCGGUAUCAAGGUGGCCGGCAUGAUCGUCGCCACUCUCCUCUGCAUCAUCUCCUUCGUCGCCCUCAUCAACGGCAUCCUCGGCUGGUUUGGCAAGUUCUUGGGCAUCGACGAUCCCCCAUUGACCCUUCAGCUUGUCCUGGGCUACGUCUUUUACCCCGUCGCUUGGUGUCUGGGUGUGCCCAAGAAGGACCUACUCACAGUGGGAGAGCUCAUUGGAAUCAAGAUCAUCACCAACGAAUACGUUGCUUUCAACUCUCUGUCAAGCAAGGUCGAACCUUACAUCUCCAUGUCACCUCGAUCCAAGCUCAUUGCAACCUAUGCCUGCUGCGGCUUUGGCAACAUUGGUUCACUGGGAACUCAGAUCGGUGUUCUUUCACAGAUUGCUCCCGGACGCGCCGGAGAUGUGUCACGAGUCGCCUUGUCUGCCCUAUUCGCCGGCGUACUUUCAACCCUCACGUCGGCGAGCGUCGCUGGCAUGUUGUACACUGGCUAG